GGUGUACUUUGUUCUUUCGCGGACGUCUCACCGGUACCAUCCGCUACGGAGCGGGCUGCUGGUCCAUCGUCAGGCCGACUCUCGCCAUCCAUCGGCGGCCUGGCGACAUUGAUUGAGCCGCUGACAGCGGGACCGGACCCGGCACCGACCUUUCCCGCUCUAGCAUGGACCGGCCCCGCAGCUGCUCGUGACACGCAGCCCACCGGCCUCGGAGGACGGAUGCGGGGUCAGCGAGGACGUGAACGGUACUGAGCGGCGGUUCUUGACGUCAAGUCCAUGUCGGCAUCAAAGAGAGCCGCCUGAAGCCCCGCCUCCGAUCACCGCCCCCCCUCCUCCCCCCCGAACUGCGGGAUGAGCGCGAGCACCUGACCGCCGUGUGGGGGGGCUGCUGGCGGGAACACGCUCGAAUGUGUGCGUGAGACUCCGGAGCGUGCACGCGGACAGAGGAGCUGCUUCCGGCGGGACGAUGUGAAGAUGAUUCCGCUGCUCGCGCUCGUGUGGCUCGUGGGCGGCUUCGUGCACGGCGCGCACGGCCAGGGCGUGUACGCGCCCCCUAGCGUUCGCAUCGUGCACUCGGGCCCGGCGUGCAAUGUGGAGGAGGAGCGACAUAGCGAGCGUGUUUACACCAUCCGAGAAGGAGAAACACUGGAAGUACUUUGUCUGGUCACGGGACACCCCCGCCCCCAGGUACGUUGGACUAAAACGGCAGGCGCGGCGUCAGAGCGCCAAGGCGAGUCGUGGGCGCACAACGAAAGGCUGAAGAUCGAACAGAUCGAGCGCCACCAGGGGGGGCGCUACUAUUGCAAGGCGGACAACGGGAUGGGCUCGCCUGCCAUCCGCUCCAUCCGGGUGGACGUCUACUUUCUGGACCAGCCGCUGAUCACGGUGCAUCAGAGUGUGAGCGACGCCAAGGAGCUGUUCUACUUCGAAAGGACCGUCUUCCUGCGCUGCGUGGCCACCUCCAACCCCCCCGUGCACUACACCUGGCGGCGCGGCCGCGAGCUUCUGGCGCAGGGCGUGGACGCUGGAGUUGACAUCUAUGAGCCCUUUUUCACACAGGGUGAGACAAAGAUCCUGAAGCUGAAGAAUCUCCGUCCCCAGGACUACGCCAACUACACAUGCAUCGCCUCCGUCAGGAACGUGUGCGCCAUCGCCGACAAGCGUGCCCACUUCAGCCUCAACAACAGGACAGCGCCUCCCUCCGUCAAGCUCCUCCUGGACGACCCCCUGGUGGUGAACCUGGGUGAGACGGUCACGCUGGUGUGUGUGGCGUCCGGCGGCGACCCCCCACCCACAUUGAGUUGGGUGAGGCCUGCAGGGGAGGAGCUACCGAAGAGGAGUGUGAUGACGGGCGGCACGCUGACCAUCCCCGCCGUCACCGUGGAGGACGGCGGCGCUUACAGCUGCGUGGCGUCCAACAACGUGGGGAACGCUGCCAGGAAGUCUGCCAACGUUCUGGUCAGAGGUCUCCGCAAAGCACGCUUCUGGAUCACACCGGACCCGUAUCACAACGACGACAACAUCCAGAUCGGGCGUGAGGUGAAAAUCAGCUGCCAGGUGGAGGCCACACCCCCCGAGGAGCUGCGGUUUGGCUGGCUGAAGAACGGGCGGCCGCUGAGGAGCUCCGAGCGGAUGGUCAUCACGCACACGGACGGCGAGGUGUCGCCGGGCGUGACCAACCUGGACAUCAUCGACCUCAAGUUCACCGACUUUGGCACGUACACCUGUGUGGCGUUGCUGAGGGACGGGGGAAGUCCUGAGAUCAGCAUUGACGUCAACAUCUCCUCCACCACAGUUCCUCCAGAGCUCAGCGUCCCCAUGGGGCGCUCUCACAUCGUGGCACAGGAGGGCGACACGGUGGAGCUGCAGUGUCUGGUGUCAGGCAAACCCAAGCCCGUCGUCCUGUGGUUCCGCCUGGAGGAGAGCCCGGAGGCCGCGGUCCUCGCAGCCGAAGCCGCCCAGACGGAAAGUUUUGACGGCGUGCUGCGGCUUGCCAACGUGACGCGAGAGAUGGGCGGGACUUACUGCUGCCGGACCAGUCAGUACAACGGCUUCAACGUCAAGCCCAGAGAGGCGCUCAUCCAGCUGGUGGUGCAGUUCCCGCCCGUGGUGGAGCCCGUCCACUUGGAGGUCCGCCAGGGUCUGGGGCGGGCUUUCAGCCUGACGUGCCGCCUGCUGCGCGCCCAUCCGGCCCGCCUCCUGCGCUACGAGUGGAAGCUGGGGCCCCGCCUCCUGACGGUGGGCCAGUUUGACGAGGACCGCUACGACACGCACUACCAGGUGCGCGCUCUCAACCGGGAAGGCUACGGCGAGUACACCUGUGACAUCAGCAACGAGGCUGGGGCGGGGCGCUGCACCUUCCUGGUCACAGGGAAGGCGUACCCCCCGGAGUUGUACUACGACACGCAGGGCGCCCUGUGGCAGAACCAGCCUCAGACUUACGGCUUCAAGCUGCAGUGGACUCAGAUGGACCCCGACGGAGUGGACCGCAUCCUGGCCUACAGGCUGGGCAUCAGACAGGUGGGACAGUCGCGCUGGUGGGAGCAGGAAAUGGCCAUGGAGGGUAUCAUCCACAAGGGCGAGCUGCUGACCUACAACCUGACUGAACUGGUCAAGCCUGAGUCCUACCUGGUCCGCCUCACACCCAUCACACGCUACGGCGAGGGCGACUACACCGAGCGCGUCAUCGCCUACAGCCCGCCAGUCAACCCACACCUCAGGGAGUUCCAGUGUGGUUUCGAGGACGAGGCCUUGUGUCUCUUCUCUCAGGACAAAAGUGACAACUUUGACUGGACACGUCACAGCGCCGCAUCACGUGACACCAAGUACACGCCAAACACCGGACCCAGCAGCGACCGCAGCGGCUCUAAGCAAGGCUUCUACAUGUACAUCGAGACGUCCCGACCCAGGCUGGAGGGCGACAAAGCCCGCCUGCUGUCGCCCUCUUUCAACACGGCCUCCAGGGGUGCCGCCACUUACUGCCUGGCCUUCUACUACCACAUGCACGGCAAGCACAUAGGAGCGUUGAACGUCCUCCUGCGUCAAAAAGGACCGACGGCGACGGACGCCACGGUCUGGAGUCUGAGAGGUAACCACGGCGACCACUGGAGACGAGCCGCCGUCAACAUCCACCCCACCGCAGCUUUCCAGGUGGUGAUGGAGGGCGUGCGCGGCGCCGGCAUCGAGGGAGACAUCGCCAUCGAUGACGUCACCAUCGAGGAGGGGGAAUGCAAAGAUCCUCCGUCCAACAACUUGAUGUCCCUGGCCCCGCCCCCUUCGCCUCAUUUAUGGCGGCUGGGCGUCACUCUGAGCUUGACUCUGUUUGGUCGCCGCAGGUGACCCCCUCCCACGACCUCAGACUCCUCCCCUCCCUGCUCCUCCAAUCAACGCUGUCCCCCCUGCCACGCCCCUAUGAUGACAUCACAAACGGGCGCUGCCCUCAGUGGGCGGGGCAACCAGGUGACAUUAAGUGCCUUCAUGCAGCCCGGUCGUCGCCAUGGCAACAAGAGCGGGGAAAAUGACAGCAAACUUUUCAAAAUAAAAGAUUUAUUUUCCAAGAAGCACAAAGAAACAUUGUAGAAGGUGUGAAUGCUUGAGAUAGUUCCUGUUUACUUUCCCUUCCGCAUGUUUGAUGACAAGCUCCGCCUCCAACUGACAAUAAAACCUUUUU